AAAAGGUGACUAAAAAGUCAAAACCUGUCAAAAAAAUAUAACCUAUAAAAAUCUAUCGUUAAUAGCGGAAAAAAUUAGACAUUAGGUAAUUUGAGAUAACACUGCUGUGUUAUAAAACCGUAAUUUUGUAUUUUAUUAUGUAAAAAUUCCAACAGUUAAGUUUUUGAGGUUUUAGAUAAUUACUUAAUUGUAACUGGGGGCUUUAUUUAGUUUACAAGUUUUUUCAAGUUUUGAACCAGCUGGAGAGUAUGCUGUGACAAAGAAUGAAUGGAAAAUACAGAUUGUUGUUCCUAUUUAUAUCAAUAGUAUUUUUGUGGAAAUGUUUCCAAUAUUUUGCGAUAUAUUCUGACCAUCAAGAAAAUGAAAUCAAUAUAGAUUUAAAUACGAUUCCAAAAGUGAAAGUGUCAGUUUAUUAUGAAGCUUUAUGUCCUGAUUCAAAAUUUUUUAUAAUCCAUCAAUUGUUACCUGUCUACGAGGAGUUAAAAGAUUAUAUAAACAUUGAUUUUGUGCCAUAUGGAAAAGCCAAGACUGUUGAAAUUGAAGGUAAAACAAUGUUUUAUUGCCAACAUGACGCAGUUGAAUGUUUUGCUAAUAAAAUCCAUGCUUGUGUAAUUGAUUUAGUCCCAGACCCGCUCAUUAGGGCUAAAUACAUUGCUUGUAUGAUCACAGAUAAUAUGAUCCCAGAUGAUGCAGGAGAAAAGUGCGGACAAGAAUUAGGUGUCAAGUACACCCCAAUUGGUGACUGUGCUAACAGCGACCGCGGAACAACUCUCCUAAAGAAAUAUGGCGAAAGAACACAUUCCCUGAGAUCCACAGUCAAGUUUAUUCCAACAAUUGAACUGGACGGCAGCCAAACGAUUGUUCCUCAAUCAGCAAUCCUGAAAAAUUUUCACAAAUCGGUGUGUCAGCUGUUCAAACGGAAGCCAAGACAGUGCAGCUAGAUCUCAAUCAAAAAAACCAUUUUACAUUACCAGUGUCGCAAUUUGUUAUUAUUUUGUGAAAUAUUGAGUUAUUUAUGAUGUUUAGUUGGUAAUUUUAUGUAAAUUAUUUGUAAACAAUAAAAGUUUUCUUUUUACUAAAUUGGAAGUCACAA